AAUCAUUAAAUACCUCCAACGAACCCUCUGCCAUCAUUUUCUCAUUGGAAUCUUGGCAAAGAGAGAGCCAUUGCGCAUCAUCCGUUUGUGUUUGCUAAAGCGGGGUGGAAUCUCAUGGAUGAUGCUUUUAGGGGUAAGAGUCGUGCCACUUCCCACUACACACUAACCACUUAUAUCUGCAAUUUCCAUCCAUCAUUUUUCCCGGUCAAACACGAAUUGAUCGUUGAUGGUGAAACUUGGUAGAUCGUUUAAUGUUGAGUGGUUUACCGUGAUUCAAUUUUGCAACAAAAAGGAUAAUUUAUUAACUUCGCAAGAGAAUAAAACAGAUUAUUUUGAGGUGUUCAGUGAAAUAAAGAUGUUUCGAUAGAGGAAAAAAAGUAUACAUAGAAGUGAAAUAAAAUGUCUCUGCAUUUGACGGAGAAAAUCCCGGGGAAUUCAGGAUUGGCCAAGACCCCAUUUCUCAUUGAGGACAUUUUGUAUCAGAGUAACAAUGGUACAACGAAGAGCUCCACGAAGGGUGGUCAGAAGGUGAAUUGUGAGAGUGAACAAGUGUCUCAGGUGCAUCUGGUGAAUGGACGCGAGGAGGAAUACCAAAAAGUGGCUCAAAGUGAUAGAUACUCAGGUAUUAUUCACAGCAACAGUAGCACUCAUCAGCCGCCUCCGCCAACCUACACAUCCCUCUAUCCACCCACAUCGGCCCCUUACAGUGACUCAGGCUACCUGCAAAUGGCCCUGGGCGCCUACCUGACUCCGUCGGCCGGCGGAUAUAAAAGUGUUGAUCCCUACUUUCUCUCACAAGGAAUUUUUGCUGGAUCACCUCUGUUUCCGGGAAAUGGAUGUCCGGAUUUGGCUUUAGGACUGGGAAUGGGUGCUCUGAGGCACUGUCGCCGACGGAAGGCGAGAACAGUGUUCAGUGAUCCUCAGCUGACGGGCUUGGAGAAGAGAUUUGAGGCCCAGAGGUAUCUUUCAACUCCUGAGAGGGUAGAAUUGGCAUCGGCACUGGGUCUCAGUGAGACACAGGUGAAGACGUGGUUUCAGAAUCGACGCAUGAAGCACAAAAAGCAACUGAGACGACGAGAACUCAAUUCUUCAUCGUCUUCGGAACCCAUGGAUUUUUCACGAACUGACAAUCAACAAGGCACCAAUUCCUCCAAUCAAUUUCAUGCGAGUGGGGAAGGUGGAUCGGAGGUCAAGAAGGCUAAUGAGAAGAAUGCCUUUCUGAUGUAUCCAUCGGCAAAGGACAUGUACCAAGGCAGUCAGAAUAAUAAUAAUGUCUUUGGAAAGAUGUGCGACUUUCGGGCAAGCCAAGGUAGCAAUGCCAAUGAAAAUCUCCUGAGUGAUGAUAAUUCGGACGAAGAGAGCAGUGAUGUAGAUAUCGUUGGAGACAUCAAGAGCCAAAAUAUCGGGUAGGUGCUCGUAACCUAAAGACCCUCCGUUAGAUGCUCAAUUUGAAAUUUUAUGACGAUGUCCUUGGAAGAAAAAUCUCAAUCAGAAAAUUUUCUUUCAAGAUUGUUUAUAAAAUUUCAAUUAAAAAUAAUUAGAAAAGUUUAGUUCUCCUUUUGAGAAUUACACUUUGAGAAUAUUCUUAAAGUUGAACUAAAAUAAAUGCUAUUCAUAUUUCAUCUUUUGCAUUAAUUUAUUGUGAGUUAUUUAGUUUAAAAAUACACCACAUAAAAUACAUU